AUGAACAGGAAAACAAGGCGCUGGAUUUUCCACAUCUUCCUGAGCCUGGGGAUUGUGUAUAUCAAGAUCGGGGGAUUUUCCUCGGUGGUGGCCCUGGGAGCCAGCAUCAUCUGUAACAAGAUCCCGGGGCUUGCCCCCCGGCAGCGGGCGAUCUGCCAGAGCAGGCCCGACGCGAUUAUCGUCAUCGGGGAAGGGUCCCAGAUGGGCAUCAACGAGUGCCAAUUCCAGUUUCGCAACGGGCGCUGGAACUGCUCAGCCCUGGGAGAGAGGACCGUCUUCGGGAAGGAGCUGAAAGUGGGUAGCAGAGAAGCGGCGUUCACGUAUGCCAUCAUUGCUGCUGGAGUAGCCCAUGCGAUCACGGCUGCCUGCACGCAGGGAAACCUGAGCGACUGCGGUUGUGACAAAGAAAAACAAGGACAGUACCACAAGGAGGAAGGAUGGAAAUGGGGAGGCUGCUCUGCUGACAUCAGAUAUGGGAUAGGGUUCGCCAAAGUCUUUGUGGAUGCCCGGGAGAUUAAGCAAAAUGCGCGGACGCUCAUGAACCUGCACAACAACGAGGCCGGGCGGAAGAUUCUGGAAGAAAACAUGAAGUUAGAGUGCAAGUGCCAUGGGGUCUCGGGAUCCUGUACCACUAAGACAUGCUGGACAACCCUGCCUAAGUUCCGGGAGCUGGGCUACAUCCUUAAGGACAAAUACAAUGAAGCAGUUCAGGUUGAACCAGUGAGGGCAAGUCGCAACAAGCGUCCGACCUUCCUCAAAAUAAAGAAGCCACUUUCUUAUCGCAAACCCAUGGAUACAGAUUUAGUGUACAUAGAAAAAUCUCCUAAUUAUUGUGAAGAAGACCCCGUCACCGGCAGCGUGGGAACACAGGGGAGGAUGUGCAACAAGACAGCCCAGCAGUCCAACGGCUGCGACCUGAUGUGUUGUGGGCGAGGUUACAACACGCACCAGUACUCGAGAGUGUGGCAGUGCAACUGCAAAUUUCAUUGGUGCUGCUAUGUUAAAUGCAACACAUGCAGUGAAAGAACAGAAGUAUAUACCUGUAAAUGA